AUGGGUCGCCGCAAGAUUGAGAUCCGACCCGCUGAUUUCCAGGGCAAAGGUGGUGGUGACGAUGAUGAGGAGGGCGACGAGGAGCCCGUCGACCAGCACGAAUCACACUCACCACCGGAGCCCGCCAUGAUCCAACACCCUCUCCAGCACCAGCCCGGCCUCCAGCACAUGAGAAACUCCACGCCUUCUGCAUCGCCGCCCAUCCCGAAUGGCGCCAUGCCCGCCUUCCCUCAGCGCAUGGCCACUCCUCAGCCGCCGAAUGGCUCACGUCCUUCAUCCCGCGUUUCGCACUUCCGCCGUACUAGCUCGAACCUGGUGCCUCAGCACAUGGGCACUCCGUCGCAACCACCCGCUCCUCAGCCUACCUAUGCCUAUUCUCCGAACGCUCCCUACCAUCCUCCUCCCCCGAAUCCUGUCAUGCAGCGACCUACCCCGCAAGGUUUCGCUGUCCAACCUCCUCAAUAUUACGCCGCUUAUCCCCCACCCACUCAACAACAAAUGCAAGUCGCUGCUCAGCAGGUAUAUCUGCAAGAACAGAGGAGGCAAUCCUCGGUCCCUCCACACUUCAUGAGCCAGGUUCAUCCAGGCGCCCAGCAACAUAUUCCGACACCACAGCAGCAAUAUCAACAGAACCAGUCACACAGCGCACAACCUUCUCCACAACCUGACCAGAAUACUUUCCAAAGUCCUCCGCUACCCCAACCAAGACCUUUGCCAGCUCAUGCGAGAUCGCAUAGCAUAUUCACGCCGAUUGACGAUAGCCGCUCGCUCCUCGCUCAGCAUUGGGGUGGAAGCACCUCCAACUACAGGGAACCGAUCAUAAAGACCGAAGUUCCCCGCUCGCAUUCAGUCGAUGUUUCUUCUGCACCACGCCAAAGGACUGACGACACGGGUCCAAAUCCUGCAGAGCCAACAGCAGCAGCAACUGCUGCACAACCACCACCAGCCACCUCUAAUCCUACCAUGCAAGCGCCUCCUCCAGGACCCCCUCAACGCACGGGCUCUAUGUCCUCAAUACCCGGACCCAUACGUCCCGGAGGUGCAGCUGCCGAAGCAAAACGACCACGAUUGAAAGUGCAAAUCCCCAGUGAACAAUCAGACGGAGGCAGUGCGACAGCAGAUUCAUCGCCCAAAGAUGGCAGUACAGCGGCGACGCCGAUGCGUGUUGGCCAAGGGGUAGUUCUUCCACCUCCGUCGCCAUCUACGAAUGCAGUUCUCUCUGCGGGUGCAUCUGGACCGCCCAAUCCAUUUGCGCGACCGGCACCGCCUAUCAGUACGAAUCCACAUGUAAACCGUGAGCGAGAUCACAUCGAAACACCGCUCUCUGCAUUACCCAGUCGGGUCAUGGAUGGAAACCACCUCCUGCCCAGUCCGUCAUCAUUCUGGCCAGAUGCAUGGUUCGGGAGAGACAACAAUAUGAUGCCGAGUCCACUCAAUUUCCAGACGCCGGUGGUAUUCAGCGGACCAGGGUUCAAAGACGAAGACGAGAAGAAACGAAAGGCGGAGGAGGAAGCAGGAGGAGGUGGGAAGAGAACAAAGGAUUAG